UUUGCUGUUCUUCCUGGAGUGAACGUCUCCCAAAUAUGUGGCGAUCCAAACACAGGAGCGCUGUAGACCUUUGACACAGCAAGCCACAGAACACAUCACAACACAGCCAAAGUUCAAGAUGUUUUUGUGGCCGUAUCUCGCACCUUUUCUGCUGAUAACAGCUCACCUCUGCAAAGCCCUUCCGGUUCCGGAAGGAUGUGAGAAAUUCACAGACCUAAAACUCCAUCACUCCAUCAUCGGCACAAGUGUCAGAGUCAGGCUGUUGCUCUACACCAGAGAUGACGACAGCUGUGGCGCCCUCCUGUCCCACACCAACCUGACCGCGCAUCCCCAGUUCAACAUGUCCAAACCAACCACCUUCGUGGUCCACGGAUUUCGGCCCACCGGAUCUCCCCCUUUGUGGUUGGGCGACCUCACAAAGAGACUGCUGGCCAAAGAAGACAUGAAUGUUAUAAUAGUGGACUGGAACUAUGGAGCCGCUACUCUUAAUUACCCUCAGGCAGUGAAAAAUACAUACAAAGUGGCAGAGAACCUCACUGCUUUCAUUAAAAUGAUGCAGGAUCACGGUGCUUCUCUGAGCUCGCUGCACAUGAUUGGAGUCAGCCUGGGAGCCCACAUUUCCGGUUUCGUGGGAGCUAAUAUGAACAGCUCGAUCGGAAGAAUAACAGCUCUGGAUCCCGCUGGGCCCAGUUUCACUGGCAAACCUCUAAAAGACCGACUGGACCCCACAGACGCUCAGUUUGUCGACGUGCUGCACACAGACAUCGAUUCUCUGGGAUACAGGGCACCACUGGGUCACGUUGAUUUCUAUGCCAACGGGGGAACAGACCAGCCUGGCUGUCCAACGACUUUGUUUUCCGGAUCCUCUUAUUUUAAAUGCGACCACCAGAGGUCAGUGUUUCUUUUUCUGGACACUAUAAAUGAGACGUGCCGCAGCCCAGCGUUCCCCUGUUCCUCCUUUGCGGAUUUUCAGGAUGGAAAAUGCACAAGCUGCGACUCAUUUGGCGAUGCUGGAUGUCCUAUUUUUGGUUAUGAUAUCAUCCAGAGAAAGGAUAUCCUGAUUCAACAGAAGCAAACAAAGUACUACUUCACCACAAAUGCAGAGUCUCCAUUUUGCGUGUCAAGCUACAAAGUGGAUGUGAAGAUUUGGAAUAAGGACACGCACUGGGGGUAUAUAGAUAUUAAGUUAAGUAAUGGUUCUACGGAAGCAAAGGAAGUCAUUGAGCAUAAAGCAACGAACUUCAACAAGAGCACAGACACCACACUGCUUGCUCAGUUUGACAGAGACAUUGAGCGAGUGAAGACGGUCGUUCUGAAAUACCACCCUGGAAGAGCGUGUCACUCCCAACGUAAGCUCCGGAUCCUCAAAAUCCGUUUCACGCCACUGGAUCACAAGGAGAGGGCUCUGUGUCGGUACGACAUUCUUCUUGAGAAUAAGAAAGAAGUCGAGGUCGCCCUUUAUCCAUGUGUAGAAACCCAGCCCUGAAAUCAAGCUGAACACGGCAUGAAGAACUUUCAUGACGAAGAGUCCUCUGGCUCAUCGGUGUCUCAAGGACUGGUCAAUGAGAAAACAUAAUGGAUGCCAAAUAGAUUAUUUGAAAAGGCACCACCCGGUCAAUCACAUGAUUUCUGGUAUUUUACUUUAACAAAAAAAAAAAAAAAAGAUUAAAUGCAUUCUUAUUUUAAUUAAACAAAAUAAAACAAAAGCAGCAUCAGAAUUGUAUUUCUUAACACUGCUCUACUGUUUGAUUUUUGUGUCUGCCAGUGCCAGCUUCGCCAGGAAUAUCUAGCUUUGUCUUGCUACUGACUGACUCUGAAUACCAGAUAACCUGGUGACAAUACGUCAGACAAACAGAACCUUCCAGUACUGUGAAAAACGAUUUUACACAGUCCUUUCUGCCUUCCAGCUUAUGAAAUUAUUAACUGUACCUUUCAUUUAUUUGAAUAGACAAUUUAUUUGUAACAAAACAUAAGGAGCAGCUUGCUAAUUUCAAUAUUCUUUACAUUAGUUAAAAAAAAACUGUUCAUCUUCCAUCAAAAGACAAAUGUAUUAUAGUUUUUAAUCUAGAUAAAUGUGCCCAGAAAUAUAUCGCUUCACGGUUUGGAAAAUCCCAAUCCAGAUACUAUGGCCCCAAACCCAAUUUUAGUCAUUUAAGAUCAGAGAAUGGCUGAUUCCGAACCCCAGACUGAUACUAAACUCAACACAAAACGUAUUGACGUGUGUGUUUUGUCUAUUAUUAAAUUUUAACAAUUAAUCCAGGAAAAGCGUUCAAAACCUCAACAGUCUGGAACCUUCUCCUAACUCUUCAAUCAUUAUUGGGUACAGGUAAGCCGACGUGUUUGUGUUGGUUGCGCUGACGUUAAUGGCAUGCCAAAGCUGAAAGUGUUCAUUGUGGUUGUGGCCCAUUCUGUCCUUUCUACUGCCAAAUUCUGAAACUUUGAGGAUGGAUUUGUCACCGGUUAAAUCCUUUAAUUUCUCUGCAUUGAGUUUUACUCCAGUAAUGACGGGGCUUGUUUUCCUAUAAGGGAGAUGCUGCCAUACAUCAUCACACUACAUUCACCAAAAGCUGUUUGCCAUCUAUCGCUCUCUCUCUCUCUGGUGAGCAGCCGUCAGAAUAUAUAUCCCAUUCUGUACAUUUGUGCUUUUGAGGUCUUUUACCAGAUGGGAGUGAAGAAAAAUAUGAUAUAGCAGGUUUCUUGAAUGGUCCUGGCUUUCCUUUGGAGUCUGCAGAUGUAAAUGUCUAUCAGAGAGGUCAGCAGAACCCAAAUAAUUGUAGUUCUUUACUCUCUCAACCUCCUCGCCAAGUCUUGAGAGGGGAGUAUGUGUGGAGCACUUAGUUUUUCUCAAGUCUAUACUUAGUUCUUAGCCAGACCCAUUGUUAAAACAAAGAAAUAAUCAAAGUAAACAUGCAUUAAAGUUAAUAAAAAUCAAACGUGUGAAUAUGUAUGAACACCCAGUAGCAUUUGUAUCCCACUUUACUUUCUCUGUGUCUCUUAUCCAUUUUCUUGACAGGAUCAUAUUUUGUCCCAGCAGGAGUUUCAGAUGUUAUUGUGUCAUUUUUUUGAUUAUUUUUUUAUUAAAGAGUCUUGGUGAGUAACAUCAAACAUAUUUUUAUUAAAACGUAUGCAUAAGGAGAUCAAAGACAUUACAAAACGUGUCAGUGGGUCUGGUCUGGAUAACAAAGGUGUUGUUCCAUCUCUUAUAGAGGGGGAGGGGGGCUGUGAUAAGUUGUUUAAAAAAAAAAACUCUUACUGUCCUUACUGCCCCUGUUCUGACAUAUCCCAUUUAAAAAGUUGUUCUGUUUUGUAAUACACUGUAGUUGCUCUUCUCCUUGUCUGUCUGUUU